AUGGAAGUUUACAUUGGAAGGCAACCAAACGGUCCGUAUCAAUUUGACAACUCCGCUAUGGCUUGGGUUUUGCGAUUGAGUAAAAGUAUUUACAAUUCUGGGCGUAAUAUCACAUGUAAUAACUUCUUCACUAGUAUUCCAUUGCUAAAUAAGCUUGAGUCUCACCACAAAUUGACAGUUAAUGGGACGAUUCGUCAAAAAAAAAGGGAAAACCUGAACAAUUCACGGAAAUACGAGGAAGAGCCGAAAAGUCCAGUUUAUUCGGGCACCGAGGCAAUUGCACUCUUGUCCUUAUCCUAUGUACCGAAAAAAGGUAAAAAUGUUCUUCUUGUAUCCAGCAUGCUUGAUGAUGCAUAG